AUGUUUGGUUACGGGGAUAGAGAUGCUGCCACUGUGCUUGGGUAUGCCUUUCUUGUAGCCCUCCCAACCUGGUAUUUAACGACAUAUCUCCUCUCCCCCCUACGCCGUUAUCCCGGUCCCUUUCUCGCAGGUUGGACGAAUUUAUGGCGCAUGUUACAUGUUCGCCAAGGAAAGUACCAUGUGGUCAUCCACGAGCUGCACAAGAAGUACGGCCCCGUAGUGCGCAUUGGCCCCAACGUGCUCGACCUGGAUAUACCCGGGUUGAUCAAGACAGUUUACCAUAUCAAAUCAGAGUAUUUGAAGACCGAGUUUUAUCAUGGCAGUAGUGCUAAAAACAACGGAAAAAUCAUCUACAAUAUCUUCAGCGAGUGCAACCCUAAGGUGCAUGCACAGCAGAAGCGGCCCAUCUCGAAACAUUAUUCCUUGACCGGGGUGCUUUCGCUGGAGUCCCAUGUCGAUGAUAUGAUUUCCUACUUGUGUCAACGCCUAGAGGAGGAAUUCAUUGGAGCCAAUCAGACUAAAACAUGCGACCUAGGUGAAUGGAUUGCGUAUUAUACCUGGGACGUGGUUGGCAAUGCGACAUUCAGCCAGCCCAUUGGAUACCUGGAAAAAGGGUGUGACUUUGACAAGACCUUGAGCAUCGCGAAUGUUGCCAUGGACUACUUUUCCCUGGUGGGACAAAUGCCAAUUCUAGAUCACUUGUUGGACAAAAACCCUGUCUACCGAAUCGGCCCACCGUCUUUCGGAACCGUCGCCAACAUAUCAAUCCAGCACCUCAUAGACCGACUUCAGAACAAGGACGCCGACUACCAUGACCCCAACAAGCCCGACUUCCUGGACAAAUUCAUCGAGGCCAAGGCGAAAUUCCCAGAUGUGGUGGAUGAUGCGCAAAUCAUCUCCUAUCUAAUGAUCAACAUGAUUGCAGGAGCCGACACAACAGGCGUCACCAUUAACGCGGCAUUGUACUUCUCCAUGAAACAUCCUCACGUCUGGGAGCGCCUGAGAACCGAGAUUCCCACCUAUGACCAUACCUCUGGAAGCACGGUGGUAUCCUACAAAUCCGCAAAGCAGUUCCCAUACCUAUAUGCCGUGGUACGGGAAUCAAUGAGAUGUCAUCCCGGUGUCGCCAUGCUUCUGGAGCGAUACGUACCAGAAGGUGGACUUGCCCUCCCCGAUGGAAGCGUCGUUCCUGCAGGGUCCAUAGUUGGCAUGAACCCUUACAUUGUGGGGCGCAAUACGUCUGUCUGGGGCGAAGAUGCCGAAGAGUUCCGUCCAGAGAGAUGGCUCCGCGAUGAGAUACGGGAGACCGAAGAUGCGUUUCAGGAACGUUUGCAAUCAAUGAACAAGGUCGACCUUGCUUUUGGCAGUGGAAGUCGUAGUUGUAUCGGGAAGCACUUUGGUCUGCUGGAGGUGUAUAAGGUGAUUGCAACUCUUGUGUCACGGUACGACAUCAAGCUGGUUCAUCCCGGGAAGGAUUGGACGACGCAUAAUAGCUUUUUUGUGCGGCAGACGGGUAUCGAGGUAAAGCUUACUCGCCGGAGCUGA